CUGUCUAGCCGUUGUCGCUGUCGUCGUCGCCGUUGCCGUCGUUAUCGCAGCUGGGUCUUCGUAGGUUGUUCGUCAUUGAUUUUUUAUUUUUUCCAACGCAGUUCCGCAAACGGCAGUGAAAAAAUUUUGUGUCUUUCAAAUAAAAUUCCCUAACAUCAUAAUUUGUUGCAAUUAAUUGCAAAUUUGUGGACAAUUUGCAAUUAUGGGCGACAAUGAGCAAAAGGCGCUGCAAUUGAUGGCUGAGGCCGAGAAGAAAUUAACGCAGCAAAAAGGCUUUCUCGGUUCACUUUUUGGUGGUUCGAAUAAGGUUGAAGAUGCCAUCGAAUGUUACCAACGCGCCGGCAAUAUGUUCAAAAUGUCCAAAAAUUGGGCUAAAGCUGGCGAAUGCUUCUGUGAGGUAGCCAACUUGCAUUCACGUGCUGCUAGUCGUCAUGAUGCCGGUGUGGCAUAUGUAGAUGCCUCCAACUGCUAUAAGAAAAUUGAUGUCGAGAGCGCUGUCUCCUGCCUACUUAAAGCGAUUGACAUCUACACCGAUAUGGGACGCUUUACCAUGGCAGCAAAGCAUCACCAGAGCAUUGCUGAAAUGUAUGAGAGCGACCCAGGAACGCUGGCCAAAGCUGUACAGCACUAUGAACAAGCUGCUGAUUACUUUAAGGGCGAAGAAUCGGUGAGUUCAGCCAAUAAGUGUAUGUUGAAGGUAGCUCAAUAUGCCGCACAGUUGGAGGAUUACGAAAAAGCCAUAAACAUAUAUGAGCAGGUGGCAGCUUCAUCGCUGGAAAGUUCACUGCUCAAAUAUAGCGCUAAAGAGUAUUUCUUCCGUGCUGCAUUAUGUCAUCUGAGUGUGGAUCUGUUGAAUGCUCAACAUGCUAUUGAAAAAUAUGCACAGCAAUAUCCAGCAUUCCAAGAUUCGCGUGAAUUCAAGCUCAUUAAGGUGCUUUGCGAACACUUGGAAGAGCAAAACAUCGAAGGCUUCACAGAAGCGGUCAAAGAUUACGAUAGCAUUUCACGUCUGGACCAGUGGUAUACCACAAUAUUGCUUAGAAUUAAGAAAGCAGCCGAUGAGGAUCCCGAUUUACGAUAAAUUUAUCAUUAAUAUUAUUAAUUAUAUACAAAAAAAACAAAGAAAAGAAAAUAAUAUUAUUCCAAAUAGUAAACGUAUAUGAAAAAAGAAGCAUAAAACUUAAACGUAACUUUUUAAAUUCCACAUUCACUUGUCGAAUAUUCAAUAGUUAUACAUACUACAUAUAUAUAUAUAAAUACUUUAUUUUUGAAACGUACUAAAGUAAUCCCAGUUAAUUAACAAAAUAAAACCAAACCCGAUUUUAUUUUAUUUAAACAGUUGAAUAAACAAAACUUCAUACACACACAGCUUUUCUUUAAACAAAAUCAGUACAAUAACAAGAACCACUACACACACACAACUAGACCACAAUCUACAGCAGACAGUAACAAAUGCUAAUGUUUCGUAUAACAUAACGGAAAAAUAAUCAACAUUAUUACUAUUAUUAACAUAAUGGAAUGGAAGCAAUACUAGCUUCUUAAUACCGAAAAAACAAAAAUAAACAUAUUUUAUUUUAAAAUUUCAUAUUGUGUAAUACAAAAAUGUUUAAUAGCUAACACUAAGAAUUGCCUUGCGACAAUAUGUGUAGUUAGCAGAAUUUAAAUUGUAUGGAAAAUGGAAUUUUUGCAUAACUACCAAGCGCUACAGCUGCGCUAAGCGUUGGCAAACAAUGAUAGACAAGUGAAAUGUUGAAUAGAAUGUGCGCUAAAACAAUAAAAUUGUUAUAAAAUAA